UUUACGCUCAGCCUAUCAGGGGGCAUGUAUUAUGGAAUUAAUUCGGAUAGAUUUCGAUCGAAUAUAUUCCGUAAAAAUUUUUCUUAGAAAAUACAACAGAAAUCUAGGAAAUAGUUAAAUAAUUCGACUGAAAUCGAAUCUAUUUCGAAUAAUUCCAUAUAUGUACGUAGUUAGAUUGUCGGCCGGUGUGCUAACCUAGAACCUAGAACUAACCUACAAAUACAAUUUUUAAUAAAAGGAGCAAUUCUAUCACAUAAUUUCUUUCUAAAAAUUGAACAAUUUCUUGCUUGUUUCUCUUGUCAUUAAUAUGAAUAUGGAAGACUUUGAAAAGGAUUUGGAAGAGGAUUUGGAAGUCACAGAAUCUGAAGCAUCAGAAGCGCAAAUUGUCACAUGGAGAACAUUGAUAGAUCUAGUAAGAGAAAAUCCUAUAUUGUAUGAAAAAAAACAUAAAGGUUACAAUAAAAAAAGUGAUAAGUAUCUAAUAUGGACUCAUAUUGGAGCCUUGUGUGUACCACCAAUGACUGGACUCGCUACAUAAAAGGAAUUUUACCGUUUGUGACAGAAAUUUGGAAAAGAACGCCGAAAGAUUCUGCAGUCGCAAGCACGAUCUGGUGCAGGUGGAAAUGAUACUGCAUAUAAGUCGAAUUGGAUAUUAUAUAAUGAUUUAAUGUUUCUUGUUGAUCACAUUCAACCUAGACAAACAACAUCAAACUACCGGCAUUCUAAACCUAUACAUAACAAGGCUUCGAAUUUAUUAAAUUCAUUAGCCUCACAGCGACUUAUUUCAACACCAUGUACAUCAUCACAAAGUAAUUCUGUUUCGAACUCAUUAGCCUCACAGCGAUUUAUUUCAAUACUACCACGUACAUCAUCACAAAAUAAUUCUGUUUCGAAUCCAUUAGCCUCACAGCAACUUAUUUCAACACCACCAUGUACAUCAUCACAAAAUAAUUCUGUUUUGAAUUCAUUAGCCUCACAGCAACUUAUUUCAACACCACCAUGUACAUUAUCACAAAGUAAUUCUGAUAACAGCUCAGAUGUAUUGAAUAUGUUUGAAUUCUUUACAGAAUCUUCAAGUAAGGAUGAAGAGGUGUUCUCUAAAGUGAAUUCUAAGGACUCAUCAAGUACACUUGAUCCAAGCAAUUUAUCGAUUUUGUCAGACAAUGCUUCUGCAAGUGUAUUGAAAGCUGCAGUCUCUAAAAUUGUUCCCAAGAAACAAACACCACCAUCAGAUAUUAAGAAGAGAAAACGUGGCUUAACUGAUGAAGAAGAUGCAAUAAUGCUACAAUCUUCCAAGAAUAUUUCUUCGCUGGCCAAUACAUUGGAGACUGUGCUAAAGAAUCCAACAUCAAAGCAGCUGGCUGUAUCUGAAGUGACUUCUGAAGUACAAACCAUGAUAGGACCCAUAGCUUUGGGAUUGAACAAAGUUCCUAUGGAAUAUCAGAUGGAUUGUCUUAUACAUAUUCUCUCCAGCAUUAAUGAUUUUGCAAAGAAAAAAUCGUAA